AUGUCCUCACUAUCAGCAAGGCUGUUCAUUACUUCUCGUGAUCUCACCGGCUAUCUGGAUGGAGACAAGAAAGAACCUGAAGUUGGCAGUCCUGAACAUGUCGUGUGGUGCAAGGAGAAUGCCACAGUCAUGUCUUGGUUGCUGGCCUCCAUGACUCCUCGGGUGCCUAGAACUGUUCAUCAUUUCCCCACAACCGUGAAGAUUUGGGAGAAAGUAUCCAAGACCUACGGCCAGAAAAAGAACAAUGCUAGAAUCUACAGAUUGAACCAAGAUAUUGCAGCUUUAAGGCAAGGAGACAUGUCCGUGGCAACAUAUUUUGCAAUCCUUGAAGGUCUUUGGGAAGAGCUUGAUCAUCACUUGAUAUUGGAUUGGGAAAAUGCCAGGGACAAGGAGAGACAUGAUAAGCAAAUUGAAGAGAGCAAAGCCUUUAAGUUUCUGGAUGGUCUAGACCCAGUGUAUGAGGGUAUAAGGUCACAAAUUCUAGGGAGAGAUGAAUUACCGGAGCUUCACCAUGUCUAUUACCUAGUGAGGAAUGAAGAAGUUAGGAGAAGGGAGAUGUAA